AUGUGCCCCACCCCUCCCCCUGCAGCUGCUUAGAGGCUGCUGUAGCUGCUAUAAGAGCCCUCCCUGACAAGAUCACCAUCACACUGGAACAUCCUAUGGGGAAGUGUCAAAACAAACUGGGGACUCGUGUGUAAACCUUGGAGUUACAACAGUUUUACGCUCGGCUCUCUGCAUGCAGCUGUUUUCUACGUCAAAAUAAGGGAUUGUCUUUCCCCUGGAACACUCUUGGCUACAAAUGAUGGCUUUCACUAUGCUGAGGCCGGUAUCGACCCAUCCCUUCUCUUACCCGGCUGACCUGACCUUGAUUUCGGACGACGAGGAGGAGAACCGCAGCGAGAGCGACGGCAGCACUGACCAGGGCUACGGCUGCUGCGGGAUCCCGGGGCAGAGCUACAGGCUGGAGUCCGGCGUCGUGGUGCCGCAUCGGAACGCCGCUAACGCCAGGGAGAGACACCGGACCCAGAACGUGAACACGGCCUUCACGGCGCUGCGGACGCUCAUUCCCACGGAACCGGUGGACAGAAAACUCUCCAAGAUCGAGACGCUGCGCCUGGCGUCCAGCUACAUCUCACACCUGGCCAACGUGCUGGUGGUGGGGGACGGGAGGGAGGACGGAGAGCCGUGCCUCAGCGCUGUCUACAAGGAGGGGAAGGGAGGAGGAAAAGGCAAAAAGCCCCGGAAUAUCUGCACGUUCUGCCUCAGCAACCAACGGAGAGGGGUAAAAUAUAAAUAA